AAGAGGACUACUUAGUAAAUAAGAGAGAGGUCAAAUCCACCCAACCUCAGCAACUAGCAUGGCUACAGCAAGCACCUCAGGGCAGAGCACCUUCGGGCUCGGGAGGAAAAAGAAGAACCCUGGUCUAAUGGAUCAGAUUAGCAAGUUCUUUGGUGGAGACAAAAAGAAAAGGAGCAAGGGGUCAUUCCGGGGUCACCUGGCUACCUCACCCCAGCAAUCCUCCGCUCGCCGCCGGACCAAUGAAAAUGCUGUGGUGCAUUUCUUCAGGAGCAUUGUUUCCUCUCCUCGUCCUAAAUCCAGGUGGAGAGAUGUCUUGGGCUUGGCCUCGUCGCCCCGUGCCGAGAGCACAAAGUCGCCAGUCAGAAGACGCAGAGACCAAAGUACACUGUCCAGAAUCUUCAACCUGGGAGAAACCAAGUCCCGUCCACCCCCUAAACGCUGGAGCACCAUCUUCUAAGCUCUCCGCCGAAGGCCAAACCACAGAUCCAAUGCCGACGGGACAAGAUGAAGGAGAAGGAAACGAUCUGCAAGCGGCGGACUCACAACCUCAAGAAAUGUUAACCGACUAACACAAGCCUCCUGUAUGUUUAGACAGUGACACCACAUUGACACAGUAUGAAACCACUCUCAAGGCAUGUACGUGGUCAUAGUGCCAGUUCUCUUUUUAAUCCUACUUCUAAGCAAAUCCUAUUUCAUUCAUUAUUUAGCUGUUUACAAAAGGUUUGGACAUGCUUUUAGUAAAAUAUCUUACUGUAAAAAUCAUCCAUUCAAGUAUCUUGGUCUGAUGGUGCUAGUGUCUGCUGUCUGACGUUCGUUCAUGGCAGAUAUUUGUUUUUCUACUUGUCUUUUGUCAUCUGCAUUUUGUACAUGAGUGACGCUUUAUGUAUCUCACUUUCACACAACUCACACACCAAACAAACCAUUGUUUUUGUUUCACAUGUGAAGUCCAGAUAAAGAGUGUUUGUCGUUGUUGUGCUUGAGUGAAACGUAUGUUGCAAAGAAAUACAUUUGAAAAUACAACCGGAAACAUGCAGUAUAUUCAUUUAUUAAUGUUGUUUCAUUAUGCUUCAGUGUGGUUAAUAAACAUGUACAGUAUGUUGCCAUUCAAAUCUAUCAAAAAAUGCCCUUUUCAAAUGCACUGUUUAUAAAAGUAAAUAAUACAACUUAAAAUUCCUGAAAACUACUGGUCUGCUCUCUUUUCUAUUUAGCUUUUGCAUCAUCUAUUGUGAGUUAUCUGUUUGCAUCUUAAAUUAAAUUUUAAGUUUUAAUGUUAUUUGUGUUUUAUUUAGGAGAUGAAAGGUUUUAUCUGACGGUCAGAUAGUAAGUUGCUCAAAGGUUUACGGCUGAAGCACCAAGAUGGUAUGAGGGGUUUAGUAGCCUGAAGGGCAGGGUAUUGACUUCAAAUGUUCUGACGUAUAAUUUGUCAAUUUUAUUUUGUUCAUGAUAAAUUACAUUGCCACUCUCAUUUGUUCAUGCUCUGUUUUUGUAUGUUCACUUUAACAGAAUAGUCAAAAUCAUUGUAAAGAUUGCUGACAUGUGGUGGUGCUACAGGAAUAGGAACUGAUACUUAGAAAACUGAGUGUUUUGUUUCCUCUUAAUGAAAAACUCUGUCUUUAAUGAAAUGUCUAAUUGGAAAUAAACCUGGUUCGUCUUAUCUCUGUUAUUAAAUAUUGUAAAAUAUGA